AUGCCUCGAAAUACAAGUCAAUAUUCGAGAGGAUUGAAUGCCUUCUUGGACUUCGCAUUAACUAAUAGUGGUGUUAGGGGAAAGAUAAUAUGUCCAUAUCAGAAAUGCAAUUUUAAGAAAUGGCAAAGUCGUGAAGAGGUAUAUGAUCACUUAAUUUUUAAACCUUUUCCAAAAGAGUAUACAGUGUGGCUUCUACACGGGGAGAGAAGAGUACAUGACGAAGCGCCUCAAGUAAUGGCUGAAGCUCCUCAAGUAAUGGUCGAAGAAGAUGGUGGAAGAGUUGAAAUUAAUGAUAAUAUGUGUGAAAUGAUUAAUGAUGUAUUUGCAAAUCAUUGCUCUAACAACGACAUGGCGGAUGAUGACGAGAUAGGUGCAGAGUCAAGCCAUGCUAGAAGUCAUGAUGGGACAAAUUUUUUUGAAUUAAUGCAAGAUGGACAACAAAGUUUAUAUGAAGGAUGUGAUAAAUAUUCGAAACUUUCAUUCUUGGUGAAGUUGUGUCACGUCAAAUGUCUAUACAGAAUAAGUGACAAAGCUAUGUCCCCGAUACUAGAGUUGUUAGCAGAUGCAUUUCAACAUGCUAAAAUUCCAAAUUCAUUCUAUGAAGCCAAAAAAUUCAUUAACAAGCUUGGUCUUCAUUACACCAAAAUUGAUGCUUGCCCGAAUGAUUGUAUGCUGUAUGUUGGAGAAGACAAAGAUAGAGAUUCUUGUAAGAAAUGUAAGACAUCAAGAUGGAAGCCAAAAAAGAGAAAUAGAAUUGGUGAUGAUGUUGCUCUUAAUAAGCGAAAGAAGAUUCCUGCAAAGGUGUUAAGGUAUUUUCCUCUAAAGCCCCGAUUACAGAGGAUGUUUUUAUCAUCUAAAAUAGCUGAGCAUAUGAGAUGGCAUGCAUCAAAAAGUACGGAUGAAGGCAUGUUAAGACAUCCAAGAGAUUCUGAAGCAUGGAAGAAAUUUGACCUUAUGCACCCUCAAUUUGCCUUAGACCCUCGAAAUGUGAGACUCAGUUUGGCUACUGAUGGGUUCAAUCCAUAUGGAAACUUGAGCACCAAUCAUAGUAUUUGGCCAGUUGUUCUCAUACCAUACAACCUUCCUCCUUGGAUGUGUAUGAAACAAAGUUCAUUCAUUCUCUCCAUGAUCGUUCCUGGAAAACGAGCACCAGGCAACAAUAUUGAUGUUUACUUACAACCAUUAAUAGAAGAGUUGAAGGAGUUGUGGAACACUGGCAUCAAAACUUUUGAUUCAUAUNGGAAUGAAGUAUUUGAUAUGCGUGCAGCCAUAUUGUGCACUAUUAGUGACUUUCCGGGACUUGGAACCUUAUCUGGGUGGAACACACAUACAUGA